AUGGAGAUGCAGGUAGGCCAUGUCGAGCCAACUCUGAACCCAUUCAAAUUAGACAGCAGGACUCACCUGGAGUGGUCUAAGCACCAGCUAUUUAGACCAGUUUUUCAUUCUCGUUCAGACCCAGAUCUAACCGUGUUCUAUUUGCCAUACAGACUCACGGGUUUCAAAUUUUUUGAUACAACCAUUGAGUCACAAGACACGUCAACUAUCCGUCCUUUGGGAGACACUAUCGAUCCCAUUGCUAUGCUUCUAGAGCUCUGGAGACUUAGUCGGGCAAAUUUGUGCUUUGGCGCAAGAGAUGAAGUCUCUGCCUGCGCCUCCCUAGCCAACAAAGAUAUCUACAGAACCCCGAAUACGACUGCAACGCGACGACAACUUCUCCCGGACUAUGGAAGAUCAGUCACAGAGGUCUACCAAGAAGCAGAAUGGUUCACCCUUCUCACCCAUGCCGGGUUGCAAAUAUUAUCGAUGACACGCCACACAGCCCAUCGCAACAUACACGAUCUUCCGUCCUGGGUCCCCGAUCUCUCGCAGUCGCCGAGACUUCACGGGCUUUGGCAGAUCGAAUUGGAACCGGUAAAGGUAGGAUGGUGUGCGGCUGGGAAUUCGCGUUGGAAGAUACCCCCGCCAGCCACGCUUUACGGGCGCUACUUGAUGGUAUAA